CCAGAGGGCGAGGUGAUUACAAAAAUAGUCUUACAAGAGUAUUCAUGGGGCAUUUCGGUGUAUAGUGGUAUCAGUGCGUUGUUAUAAGUGGUGUUAGUUUAGAGUGCUGUGUUGUAUGUAGCAAGUGACUGUCGAUACAGUUUAUACAACUGGACACUUAUUAACGUUGGGUUUACUUUCGACAGGAAAGUUUGUGUAUCAAUUAACAUUCUGUCGAUAUACAGAAAAUGAAUUAGUUUCCAAGUGUCUACUACUACUACUACGACAGAUGCUACUGUAACCACGAGUUGUUGUAGCAGACGAUACAUCUGACCGGGGAUUCAGUCCAUGAACUCUCGUUGGAUAUGGAUGAGUGUAUAUGUUAGCAAUCACGACUUUGUGGCAAUGUGAACUUUCACAACAACGAGGUGAGCUAUAUCAUUCUCCAUAUCGUCAACACUGUAACAGAACCCGAUAGUCGGGACCCACUGUUGUUAACGGCCUAUUAGGAACAUUUCGGCUUGCUGCUCCGUUCAAACUGCUCAUUCAAGGGAGAAAAAUACCUUUUAUAAAACAGAUUUAUAAAACUGUUCAGGUGAAAAGGACAAAAACGACUUGGCAUACCACUAAAGGACAGCUGACUAUACACGUUAUUCAUUACGGUAACACCUCGCAAAACUUUUUUGUGGCUUGGAUGUUUAAAAUAUUUUCACAACAACUCGUUGACUAUAUGCAUAUGUGUCGUUGUUGACUAUGUCCUUGGAAAGUCCGACUCGUCCGUAGGAUGUUUAGUCGUGUCUCCUGGUUCCUGUCACUGUGUUUUGCACAAUCCUGGUUAUGUAAUGUUGUGAUGUCUGCGGAAUACUGUGACGACGUCCAAGCUUGGUGUGCUAGGAGGAUAGGAUGUGGAAUGGCAUUACAGCAUUUCUUUGCGGGAUGCAAAGACAAUCUAUUCCAUGAAACUGACGUAUGUACCACGUCAUGUAAGAGGGCUCUUAUAUCACUGCUAUCAUCUGAAGACGACGCCGGAUUAGAUUUCAUAAACUGCAACUGCAGUGGAGAUCCUUAUUGCCUAGAACGAAAACAAGGAAUUGAAGUUUGCACCAAUGUUGUCCUAGAUGCCAUUCAUAGCGUGAACGACGGCACCUCAGUGGUCAGUUGCACUUUAGCCAAGUGGAUUUGUGAGGCGGACAGUUCAUGUUUAACUGCACUAGAAUUCUACAAAAGUCACUGUGGCAGGUUAUUUAUUGGUGAUAAAUGUACAGAACGCUGUAAUAACAGUUUAACCAUUCUAUAUCAGCAAGCAAAGGCACAGAAAUUGCAAAACUGUGAAUGUGAUGGAAGUGAGAUGUAUGAUUGUAAAAGUAUCCGAUAUUACACAGAUGUUCUAUGUUUUAAUAAGGUCUAUCAGGUGAAGACUUUCAAUGGAAGUAACAGUCUGUCAGUUUCACAAAUAUGUGUGACCCUACUUAUUGCCUCGUUGUUGUGGUGUUGGAGACACGUGCUAGGAGACCCUUGUUCACGCUGGUGACAUAUUCAGUUGGGACAUUAACGACCUCAGAGGCGAAGAAUUAUUAGCAUUUAAAGUGCAAUUAACACGAAGUCGAUCACAAAUAUUCCGUUUAUUUCCUUAGAAGAUAUCAAUCAACCAGUGAAGUUGCCGAAGGUCCCAGUCGUAAUACACCUCAUACAAGCCAAUGGAUGUUAUAUGCUGCUAGAGAUUACAGUCGAUAAGCGGUUGGUGAUAGCUGUCUAUGAUAAGAGAUCAAUGUCACUCGAUAGAUUGUAAUCAAUGAAUCAACGUAUUCAAGUGUAAGAUAAGAUUAAACUCAAAAUAUUUAACUAAUUAAAAUUGAUGUAUACUUACUUAUGUUAACUUAAGAGGAAAUAAUGAUAUGGAUUUUGUUCUUGGUUCAAUAAGAGUACAUAGUUCUCUGCAGGCUAUGCAUAUUUAAUCUGCAGUGUUAAUAUACAAGUUAAGUUUAUUCGAUGAUAAUUGGUUGUUCAAGUAGAUGUUCUGGGCGUAUGUUUUCAAUUCUAAACUCUGAGUUUGCUCAAAACUGUUCUGACUCAUAGUCAGUGGUUCGAAUAUCAUUCGAUUCGUAUUCAAAUUAGGGCACGUAAUCAGUUAUACACAAUUUGGAAAUUUCGGAGAGCAUUAGACCACUGUACAUUGUAAUGUGCUUGUUUUAUUGUUAUUGUUAUAUGGUGGCUGAAUGUAUACUUCUGUAAGACUUUGUGUGCGUUGUUCUUUAAGUCUAAGGUUAUCAUUGUGUUUACCUUGGUUAAUGAUCUCCAAUCAGGACCUCGCGCCAUGUUAAUAUGUGUAUGCAUUCAAAGAUAUUCUAAAGUGUACCGGAACACUUUCUGAUCAUCCGUGAUAUUAACUGUGAUGAUAAUUUGUGAGCUGUUUUUAGUGUAUCUCUGUAUCCGUCAUUGGAGAAAAUCUUGCUCACAUGCAAAUAUCGUUAUAGCAUACGCUUCCUUCUGUGCCAGCUGUGAAAAGAAUCAUAAGCGCGGGCUUUUGGCUACAAGGAUAGAGCACACACAGAGCUAGCGUUACCGGCUUCGUUUCGAUUGUAAGAUAUUCUUGUGAUUUAUGGAUAAUGUCUCUCUGAGUACAGAUAUAUACCGCUGAAGCGAGGAAUUUUCUUUCAUAUUCUUUCAUGUGUUGCUGUUUAGCUCUGUGAGCAAAAACGCAUUUUACAUUGCACAGUUUGAGUGUAUUGCCUUUGUGGCACAGCCGAAGACAUAAUAAAAAAACUGCAAAACAUAUAGAAAAUUAAAGUUUAAGUAUUUAAUAUGACAAACGUCAGCAUUACCUCACUCAAAGGAAAAAAAGUGACGCAAAAUUCAUAUUUUGAUAAUGUAAAACAUCCUGUUUGUUUUUCUAUGAUGGUUCUUGAUUGUCAACGAGCAGUGUAUCUAUUAUGGCUUUGGCGAAACCAAAGGUAUUCAAAUUGCAUACAAAGUUUGUGUAUAGAGGGUAAGAGACUUUUAGUUGUGCUGUAUAUUUUCACAUGGAAGAGAUAUAUAUUUGACUAAGGAGGCAGUAUUUAUAUAUUUGUGAAAUGAAAUCUGUAAUAUUUAUUUCAUUGAGUGUGUACGUUGACAGUCACAUAGUGUUGUGUAGUCGUGUUAAUACGCAUUUUCAUUUAAUACAAGCUCAGAAGGUCGGAUAGUUUUAACGAGCGAAUCUAAUAGAGAUCCUGUGUCAUAACUAUGAAUUUGUAACCUGAUAUUUGAAUUUUAAAUUUAUAGUAACAUUCAUAUCCUUGUUCCUAAUGUAGGUCCCUAUUAUGUCAUUUAGCUUGUAGUAAUAUGUUUGAAUGCACACAGAAAGAGGUAUCAUUGACUUACCUGUGUUUACACGCUAUAAAUUGACCGCGAAUGACAUAAAAAUAAGUUCUGUGUUACUAUUAGAACUUGUCAAACAUUUGAAACAGUAAUUCAUAAAUAAUAAUCAUUUUCGAUCAAUUUUAAAUCUAAAUAUCUUGAAUUAUUAUUUUUUCAACUAUAUUCACGUUCUGAUAGUUUUUUUUCCAUUAUUAUAUUGAUUGAUUUUGUUAUUAAUGAAAGAGAUAAGAAAUGACGAACCAGUGUAAAGUUGCAAAAAGUGCAAGUUUAUUUCAUUUGGUCAUUGAUAUUUUUCCUCUUUGGAAGUCAAAUCAGUAUUUCGUAGAAAGAUGACCAUAUCGUUUGCAUCAAAACAUUUCCGUCCUAACCUUAGAAUUAAAAUACAUUUUGAUUAAUAAAAAAACAAAGAUAUGACAAGAAAAACCAUGAAGUGCUGUAGAUGUUCACAGCACAAUAAGGUGGGUCCAUGUUACAGAUAUCUACCAGUACUAUGUGACUGUCACGUGCAUACUAAGUUCGUUCUGACUUUUAAUUGUUUGGUUUCAUCGGAUGCAUUCCAAAACUGACUUGUUUGAAUAUUGUAACAAUUUCAGACGUAA